CAGUCACAAAGCAACCCAGCAAAACUUCAAUAACCCCCGCACUUCUCUCUGGACAUGGGUUGUUAUGAUUGCUGUAUCCGGUGCAUUGGGGCAGUGCCCUACCCAUCCCUGGUGGCCACCCUGCUGUGCUAUGCCGGCAUGGCAAUGUUUUGUGGCUGUGGGCAUGAAGCGUUAUCCCAGACCCAAGUCCUCGUCGAGACUUACUUCGCCCGCAACGUCCAAGACUUUGUGGUCAUGGCCUCCUUUAUCAAAUACUUCCAGUACGUGAUCUAUGGCCUGGCAUCGUUUUUCUUCCUCUAUGGUAUCCUGCUGCUGGCUGAGGGUUUCUACACCACGAGCGCGGUCAAGCAGACAUUUGGUGAAUUCAGGAGCACCCACUGUGGACGCUGCCUCAGCCUGACGUUUGUCAUAGUGACGUACAUCUUGGCUUUCAUCUGGCUGGCAGUGUUUGCCUUCAGUGCCAUCCCGGUCUUCUUCUUGUUCAACAUGGAGCAGACCUGCCACAACAUAAACAUCCUGGCUGAAACAACCCCCAGCAUCAAUCAGCACGGCUGGAUUUGCAUGGACGCCAGGCAGUAUGGUCUGCUUCCUUGGAAUGCAAUGCCAGGCAAGGCUUGUGGAAUGACCUUGGCAUCUAUUUGCAAAACCAGCGAAUUCUAUGUCACCUAUGACUUGUACAUAGCUGCCUUUGCUGGUGCCGGGGUCACUCUCUUGGCACUGUUUCUGUAUCUGGCUGCCACCACCUACAACUACGCAGUCCUGCGGUUCCUGGGCAGGAAAGGCGUCCGCUAAGUGCCACACCUCCGUCCCAGUAAACCCCGUCCUCUGGCUAUGAAAUGGAGACAGUCACCACUGGACUUCCAUUCAUCCUCUGGGAAACAGCAUCCUCCAAACGUGGAUCACCUGCUAUAGUAUUUCUUUAGACAUGUCCAAUAACAGACAAAUGUUUCUCAUCGCUGUUUUUUUAUGAACAACAGACAGAGAGAUGAAGAUAAUUCACACCUGGCAGCCUCCUCCUCACAUCCUCCUCUCAGAUGAUUCUCUUAACCUUGUUGUUCAUUCUCCUCGCGCAGGUUGCAUCUCACGUUGCAUUGUUUUUUGCGAAGCUUCAUCGGUGCUGAUGCUGUUGUCAGAUUGUGAUGUAUGAUGUUUUAUGAAUUAAUUAAGAGCAAUGACAGCUCGCCUUGCAAAUCAUAACUGCAUGCAUGCCAUUCAGUGUUUACUGGUGCAUAUAUAUUGGCUCUGAGUAUGAUUUUGCUGCUGCCUCAUUAUCACCAUCUUGUGUAGCAACAUCGUGUGGACUAAAGCAAGGGAGACUGAAUGUACCAAAUUUCUCUGCAUGGGUUGUUUGUAUCCUCUCAUCUCCCUCUUUGCUUUCACUUACAAUACAUGUACUUUGCAUUCACUCAUACUGCAAUGUUUUCUUCGUUUAAAGGCCACUGUGUAGGAGGGAAACAAAGACAUGUAUCCACUUUUCUGGAUGUUUUUGGGUUACUGCUUAAAAUAAGCUGUUUUUAAUGUUACUGAGGAGUUGGUGCUUCAAUAACGUGCCUCCAGGUGACUCAUGUUUGAUGUGUAGGCCUGCUACUUACAGAGCUAGGUUUUGUGUGUGCUCAUUUUUAAUUAUGGCUUAAUAAAAAACAUUUACA